UUUCUUGCUUGAUAAUGCGAUUCCAGAAACUUAGCACCAUACGCGCCCAAUGCAUCUGCAUUGGGUGGCCAGCAAACUCAGCAUAAAGCAACCUGUGUGUGGGCCUGCCCACCGCUGCCGCCCUAGCAAAGAAGCGCGUUUGAAGCAUGACCAUGGGAUCCGUGAGUGCUUUGUCGAACAGGGACUUGGCUUUCCUCCACUUGCCCGUCAUAGCCUUGUCUUCAUCGCGACUGUGACCGCCGUAGGCAACUCCUUCAAACAAAUAGCAUAGGGCGUCGGGGCCCCAAAUCUCAACACCAUAGGAUAGCACAGAUCUCACUUGCACAUCGAAACACGCAUGCAUGAUGUCAGGUGCUCGGCACCCCUUUUUGUCCAGUGCGGCAAUCAAAGCUAGCGAUGCGCGCUUCCCAGCAGCACAGAGCUCCUGAUAGCACGAGUCAAAAGUGGUUGCUGGCCCGUAGUAAAGGCCUAGGUAUCUUGCUCGUCCAGUCACCGGUAGACUCAUGCCCCCGUACCUCAGCGCGGUCGCACGCACUGCUUGCAGCUGGCGUUCUGGCGCGGUGUGCGUGAGCGAAGACCAUAAUCUCACACUUAGCAAUAUUCACUCGCAUACCAAACGCUUCACAGAAUUCAUGCAGUCUAUUAAGGAGAAAUUGCAUUCGGUGAAUGCCGAGAGCGCACAAAGUAAGGUCAUCUGCGUAGAGUAGACACGUUACGUUAAGCUAAGCCUUCAAGCUCUUGGCAGUGGACCGCAGCGGUCCAUGCAUGCGCGCCUCAACGUGGCGAGACCUUACGCCCGACCUCAUCGCUCGCAUCGCGAGCUAUUCACAUCCAAAUGAUGUGGCUGGAUGCAUCAAGCUGCUUGACCGGGAGACCGCCAUCUGCCUGCGCGAGAACCGGCGCCUUGUGUUGGCCGCUCCGCCGAAGGCCUGGCCACUGCACAACCUGCCCCAGCUAGCAGCACAGCCUUGGCCUGGCGAUGCUUUUGUGCGCCACUGGGGCCGCCCCGAGCCUUGGCGCGUCCUCAGCCUGCGAGAGCGCCGCCGGCUGCUGUGCCUGGCGGCGUCUUCGGGGCACGCCGCCAGUUUGGCUUCGGCGGUGGCGUACUGCGACUGCGGGCUGCAUGUGCAUGCGCUGGAGAGCGCGGCCGCCGUCGGUGACAUCGCAGCCUGCGCAACACUGCUCGACGCAGGCUGCCAAUGGGCGCACUCUGUGUUCGCCGCCGCCGCUGGCGCCGGCCACCUGCCGGUAUGCCGGGCGUUCUGGGCCGCUGGGCUGCGCCCGCCGCCGCCUAGGCACACCCGCUCCGCGGCGGUGGAGGCUGCCUGCCGCGGCGGCCACGCGCACGUGCUCCACUGGCUGGAGGAGGUGGGCUACGUUCGCGUGCUGCCGCCACCGCCGCCACCCACGACACAACCUGGACCAUCGACGACACCACUGCCGUCGCCGCCACCGCCCGAGGCGCCACCCGCAGCAGCGCCGCCGGCGCUCUCUCAGCCCGCUGUCAAGCAGCAGCGAGUAAACACAGGGAACGGGACGGAGGCGAAAGGGCAAGCGGACAGCAGCAGCAUUAACGGCAGCGGCGCUGCCCACCCCAGCAGUGCUACUGUUGCCGCCGCUGGUCCCCCUGCUGCGGCCGCCGCCGCACCCGACGCGCCCUUCUUCAUGCACGGAUUCGCCGCCCUGUCCGCCGCGCACGGUGGACACACGGAGCUGGUGCGCCGCCUGCUUGACUUUGGCCGCUGCCGGUACCAGACCAUCGCCGCUGGACGUCGAAGCGGCACCGCUGCUGACGACGGCAACGGCGCCCGUGGCGGUGGCGGUUGUGACGGCGGCAGGCUGUUGGAUGGCGUGACUCGGCCGCAUCGGCAGGGCCUGAUGACGACGCACGCGUUCGGAUGCACGAUGGAGGAGUUCGUGGAGGUGUAUCAUGCCUACCUAGAACACGAGUGGCCAGCGAUUGCGGCGGCGGCGGCGGGGGCGCCGGGCGGCGCUGGCGGCGGCGGCAGCGGCGGUUUCUCGCUUCGUGAGCUCCACAGUGUGCUGCUGCAGCGCGCCAUCAGUAGUCCCAGGCCGGAUGGGUCCUGGGCCGACAAGUUUGAUUUCAUUCUGGCGCGGCAGCGGGAACUGGAACAGGAGCUGGCGGGGGCGAUGGCUGGGGCGGUGGCGGACACGGGGCCGCGAACGGGCGUGGCAGCAGCCGCCAGCGGGCCAGGCGCGGCAGACGGCGGCCUCAGCGCCGCCGAGCGCGCUAACCAACAGGCGCCCGCUGCGGGGCCGCUGCUGUGGCCGGGACUUGACGACCCCUGGAGUGUGUGGGAGGGUGCGGCACGGCACCCUGACGCACAUGAGGUUGAGCGCCGCAUGCGGUUCUUGGUGUCACGGGGCCUGGUGCCGGGCCCAGGCGCGUUGAAGGCCGCGGCGGCGGCAGGCAGCGCCGGCGCGCUGUGUUUCCUCCUUGACGAGUGCGGGCUGCAGCCCACGCCGGCCUUCAGCGAAUGGGCUGCGCGCAGUGCCAGGCUGGAGUCGGUGCGGCUGCUGCACGCGCGUUACGGGCUGCGGCUGGAUGAGCGGCUGCUGGCGGCGGCGCUGGCGGGCCUCCGGGGCCCGGGUGGCGGCGGCGGCGUCCACGUGGCCGCCUGCGGCUGCGACCACGGCUACGGCGACACCUACAGCGGCGGCGGGUUCAACCGCUGCGCGGCGGAGGCGGUGGCGCUGGUGCGGUGGCUGCUGGAGCAGCUGGCAGCGGAGCGGGCGGAGGAGGCGGAGGCGGAGGCGGAGGAAGGGGUGGGGUGCACGGUGACGGGCAGUGGCGGGGGCGCUCCCAGCCAGGUGCAAAACACGGCGGACGGGCCGCCCUGGACACGCGGACGCUCCCGCACACACGUCCGGCGACUGGGGGAGGCGUUCUGGCUGGCUGUGCUUGAGGAGGCGUGUGUCACGGGCGUCAGUGACUUGCGGCUGCUGCAGUCGCUGGCGGCACGUGCGGAUGCGGAGCGGGAGGAGGAGGGGCGGCAGCAGGAGGAGCAGGAGGCUGGGGAAGAGGGCAAGCGCCUGCGCGAGGCGGUGGCGGCGCGGGUGGUGCAGAAGCUGCUGAUGGGUGGCUCCCCGGCGGCGAUGGAGUGGGCUGCGCACAGGCUGCGGGCGCAGUGCUCGGGACUGCCGCCGGAGCCGCAGCUUCUGACGCCGGCACAGCUGUGGGUGGCGGCCUGCGGCGGCAACUUCGCCGCAGUGCGUGCGGCCUGCGCCGCCGGCCUGGCGCGCAUACCUGACUGGUUGCCCGACUGCGCCUACGACGCCACUCUGCGGACCCCAGGCGGCGGCUGCAGCUCGCGCCCGCGCAGGAAGAGUGGCUGCGGCGGCGGCAGGAGUGGCAGGAAGCGCGGGAGCGCAGGCUGGGACGAGGGGGGCUGUGUGGAGUGCUGAGAGGGUUGCUGACGCGCGUGUGCGGAGGGCGUGGGGCAGGCGGCGGCGUUGGCGGCGGCACAAAUGACGGCGGCGAGACAAGUGAGGAGGAG